AUCAAGCGAGGACAAAAAUAAAAAAGAUUAACAACGCAAGUAAGAAAGUAUAUUAACUGAAACCCUAAACAACCACAAUCGAUCCGGGUUCAUUGGAUUCAUACACGAACCGGAGAGAUAUGUCGGAGAUAGAGCACCCUCGGCUAAUUCUACACAAUUUCCUGUCGCCGGCAGAGUGCAAGGAACUUGAGUUCAUACACAAGAGUUGCAGUACAAUUGGGUACAGACCAAAUGUCUUCUCCACCACUCUCUCUCACCUCAUUGCCACUAAUUCUCCUCAUCUCAUAAUCCCUUUCGUCUCCAUUAGAGAGAGGUUGAAAGAGAAGAUAGAGGAAACAUUUGGGUGUGAGUUUGAGCUCUUUAUUGAAUUCACAGGUUUGAUUAGUUGGUGUAGAGGAGCUAGCAUUGGGUGGCAUAGUGAUGAUAACAGAUCAUAUCUAAAACAAAGGGAUUUCGCGGUUCGUGUUUUACUAGUUUGUUACUUGAAUAGUUACGGGAAAGAUUUCAAAGGCGGGCUUUUUCGUUUUCAGAGUGGAGAACCAGCAACUGUUGCUCCCUCUGCUGGUGAUGUUAUCAUGUACACAGCUGAUGACCGGAACAUUCAUUUGGUUGAUGAGGUAACAGAUGGAGAAAGAUUGACUCUUGCUCUCUGGUUUAGCCGGGACUCAUCCCAUGAUGAAGAUGCCAAGCUUCUUUCUCGUCUUUCCCAAUGCUCACAUGGAGUUUGCCUCCCUUUGCCUGCAUCCACUAGCAUGUACUGGUUCUGUCCUCAUCAAGAUGCUUCUAAUCAAAACAUAGGUUUUGAUAUUUGCGUUGCGAGGUUGCAUCUACUUGGUUUCGACGUUUAUAGCUUACAAGGCGAGGAUCAUUCUAUGGAUGGCUCAGAACAACUCAUGGGGCCACUACAAUUAGCUAAAGGAAGAGAGUUACUCACCCAAAAAUAUGCCAACAUUCUUCAUGCUCUUCAGUUACUUAGACCUUCACAUGAGUGUCUUCAGGGCCUCGCAGCUCUAGUUGUUCAGUUCUACCAUUGGAAAGCUUCUGAACUCGAAACUUCUAAUGUCGAAAAUGACACCUUAGAAAAGGUGAAAGCUAUGUCCCACUCUCAGUUGGAAACUAUCAAUGCCCUGAAAUCAGUUUUCAUGCCAGAUGAGAACCUCGUAACCACAAUUUUUGGAUAUUCGUGCUCUGAUGAGGAUCGAAAGGAUUCACUCGACUUGACUGGUAUAUCUCUCGCGAUUAUCUCUUGGGAAGAAUAUACUUGUAAGUUACUCAAGGAGCUAUUUUCAUCCUUGCCUCAAUGGAAAACUUAUCAAACUAUACACAAAGUCGAAUCUGAUUAGAAAUUUAUCCCGAGUUACGGAUGAAUUAGGUAGUUAACAACUUGAGAGUGAUUCCUCUCGUUUUCAAAGCACAUUGUCUCUGUUUCUAUAUGUUUGAUCUGAUAUUGGUUUUUCCCAGUUUUAGUUGCCUCCCUUUUGGAUAUAUUGGAUUUACAUAUAAACAAAUAUCAUAUCCCUUC